ACAACGGAGGUGACAUUAUUUAUGGAAUCAAGAAAAAGUUGCGUGGUCAGGUUGUGGAAAUGGGAAAUUGUGAUGUCAUGUACAAAUUAAAAUGCUUCAAAUAUAUACCAGCUCCUUCUUAUGCUUAUUUCAAGUACGAUGCUGCCAAGGGUCUAUGUGAAGGAAUUGGUGGACGAUUAGCCAAUAUAUAUGACGUAACCCACUACAAACUGAUUGAAUCGUACCUUCGAUCAAAACUUGGUCAGCAGUCACUCUUCUACGUUUGGACUGGUCUAACUUAUCGGAACAACAAAUUAUUCUUGACUACUGGCGAAGAAGUUACUUUUCCGAUAGAGUAUUGGUACAAAAAAACUACAAAUCAAGGGAGUGAUCCUACUUGGACAAGAACACAUCUGUACGUAAGCAAAGAUCCAAACAGUAUUUAUAGAGGAAUCAAUGCUCCUUCACCAACAUCAGAGGCUUCUGGUCCACUGUGUGAACUAUAGAACGAAUGAAUAAACUCAUGCAUAUAAUUGAGCUUACUAAUUUAGACUUCUUUGUUAAGGAAGUUGUUUAAUAUUUCAAUAUAAAAAUUCUGUUGGACACGAAAAAUUCUGUUUGGCCCGCACGAAUAAAAGUUUGGGAACCGCUGUGACAUUUAAGAAUAAAAAAAACUGCUCUUAACUUUUCUAACUUUUUAGGACAUGAAUGACCC